AUGGUGCAAAUCAGCGAAAUCAAGGGAAACGCCCGCGACAAUCGUACCGCAACUCAUACGCAUAUUAAAGGCCUGGGUCUUCGUCCUGAUGGCACAGCUGAGAAACAGGCGGGCGGGUUCGUUGGGCAAGCGGCAGCGCGUGAGGCUUGUGGCGUUGUUGUAGACCUGAUUAAAGCGCAGAAGAUGGCAGGCAGAGCCAUAUUGCUUGCGGGAGGCCCAGGAACAGGAAAGACAGCUCUAGCUCUGGCCAUCAGUGCCGAGCUUGGAACCAAAGUACCCUUCUGUCCGAUCGUAGGAAGCGAACUAUAUUCCACCGAAGUCAAGAAGACCGAAGCACUCAUGGAAAACUUUCGGAGGGCGAUUGGAUUGAAAGUGCGGGAGACGAAAGAAGUCUAUGAAGGCGAAGUUACAGAAUUAACGCCGGAGGAGGCAGAAAACCCACUCGGUAGCUACGGGAAAACGAUUAGCACAUUAUUGAUUGGUCUUAAGAGUGCGAAGGGGCAGAAAAAAUUACGACUCGACCCAAGUAUAUAUGAAGCGAUACAAAAGGAGAGGGUCACAGUUGGAGAUGUUAUCUACAUUGAAGCAAAUACUGGUGCGUGUAAGCGUGUUGGCAGGUCUGAUGCAUAUGCGACGGAAUUUGAUCUGGAAGCCGAAGAAUAUGUCCCUAUACCUAAGGGGGAGGUUCACAAGAAGAAAGAGAUAGUACAGGACGUUACUUUACACGAUCUAGACAUUGCCAACUCGAGACCACAGGGUGGACAGGACAUUAUGAGUAUGAUGGGACAGUUAAUGAAACCAAAAGCUACGGAAAUUACGGACAAGCUGAGAACAGAGAUCAACAAGGUGGUCAAUAAGUAUAUCGAUCAGGGAGUCGCUGAAUUGGUCCCGGGCGUUCUGUUCAUUGAUGAGGUCCAUAUGUUGGACAUCGAAUGCUUCACCUAUCUCAAUCGUGCUCUUGAGCAGACCAUAUCACCCAUUGUUAUCCUAGCUUCAAAUCGUGGCAUGUGCACAAUUCGUGGCACAGAGGACUUGAUUUCUGCGCACGGGAUUCCGCCAGAUCUCCUGGCCCGUCUUCUGAUUAUUCCUACGAACCAGUAUGAGCCAGAUGAGAUCAAGAGAAUUAUUCGCAUCCGUGUGGGUGCUGAAGGACUCGCAAUUACUGAACCAGCUCUAGAAAAGAUUGCGGACCAUGGCUCGCGCAUAAGCUUGAGGUACGCGCUACAGCUGCUUACGCCGUCUAGCAUUCUUGCACGGGUCAACGGUCGCAAUCAAAUCGACGUUGCCGAUGUUGGAGAAUGUGAAGAUUUGUUUAUCGACGCUCGGAGAAGUGCAGCAAUUAUGAACGGUGCAGCCGGCGAGCACUUCAUCUCGUAG